AUGGGUGAGGUGAACGCGCGGGGACUGUAUGGACGGGAUAUGUCGGCGGUGUCGGAGUCGGUUUCGGUGAUGGUGGUGAUUGAGCUGCUGGUGGUUGGCGCGAUGGGCGACGGCGUGUGGGUUGGGCUGGGCAUGGUGGAUGUGCCAGGUGAGUUAGAAGUGUGGAGCCUGCGGUGAAUUCGGCUGCCGUGAAUACGCAUGUGGCCGAAUAGGACCGAUGGACGAUGGUUGCGUCCUUGAAGUUCCAGGGAACCUGUCCACAGCGCUACACCUCCUGAAAUAGUGUUGUGAGUUGGUCCAUCAGGCGGCAGCGCCGUGCUUGUUGAUUUCAGCUGGGAUCGCAUCGGAGCCUCGUGCUUUCCCCACUGAAGAGUUGUUGCAUAGCGCUAAUGGUUUCUGGGAGGGAAGGCGGGAGAUCCAGUUUGAUGUUGAUUUUCACUCGGGGGAGCCGGUUGAUGGCGGCAUCGGAAAUUGUGGAGAGCCAGUUAAGGGUUUUCCUGAAGUGCUCGGCCCAACGCUUCAAAAUCCGUGACUUCUUCACCACAAGCGUUUAUCCACUAAGGAUGAAAAGCGAGGCAGUUCCUUUGGUUUGCGGGCUGUAGAUCGCCUUGAUCGCAUCAAUGAAUUUUGUUUGAUUCGCUGCGGUUGGCGUAUCCCUGGAUCUUCUCGGUCUCGCAAGCCAUCCAGGCGUCUUGCAUUUCGCGCAAUCGUUACUGCGCAGGGCGGCGACAUUGGAAAAUGGCUGUGUUUGAACUGGUUGGACUGUAGGCUCUGUGCAGCCUCUUCUCUUCGGCAGGCAGGAUGACUGUGUCGUUUUCGUCAAACCAGUGAUGACGAAGUGCGUGACCGAGGACAGCCAACGCAGUCAAACGGACAGCUUCCUACACCAUCGAGUCUUCCCGGGCGCCGUUGCAUCUGGGGCUUACAGGCCUUUCAGGUGCUUAGUCAGUUGAUUUCUGAAACGCAAAAGAUGAGCAGGCGAAAACGACAUUUGUCAUUUGUCUUUUGACCUCCUUCGGGGUUACAGGUGAAGCCUCAUCUUGGGGAUGAGGAAACGAUGGUCCAUCCAGCUGUCGGCGCCUUAGUCACCAUCACGUCACGCCGGUCUCGCCUCCGGACGAGAGUGUAGUCCAGCAGCUGUCAGAGUCGCGAUCAAGGGUGCAUCCAAAUGGCCUUAUUCUGCAUCGGCAGGAGAUAGUGUUCAGCGCAGGUUCGCCAGAAAAGGAGGCUACUGUCGUUGCAGCUCACGAUUCCGUAAGGACCCAACGCGCUCUUUCAGGCAGCACAAUCUGUCCCGACGUGUUCAUGUAAGUCACCGAGGACGACCAGCUUGUCCGCCCAGGGCACAGAGUCCAACCCUAAGGCAUAGCGAAUAAGCAAUAUAAACUGAGAAGAAGGUAUCAAGUAGGACAAGAGAGGACGGGAAAAAGUAUUUCCGACCGCCGUCAUCCAGGUUUUCUCCAUCUACUACGUCAGAAAUUCCCAUUCAUUUGUCGUCUGUCUUUGCCUAUCGUGUGUGGGUGUAUAUACAGUGGUUGGGCUAACUCAUGAAAUGUCAGCCGAAAUUUCGAAAUACGAUCCCGUUUCGAAAAUAUUAAUAAGUAGGGUUGAACAUGCAACAUAAUUCUAUAACAAUCCAGUUACCUCUGGGUGCUAACUGUCGGAUGAACUUCUUUCCGACUGCAUGCAAAAACAACGCUCUGCAAAAAAUGACUACUUAAGUGACACGCAAUUUUCUCGUUGAUUUUCAAUGUCCUUAAAAAUGCAAUUUUAUUUCAUGGAAAACAUGCAUAGAAAUAUUCAUUCUUUCACUCUUCCGGUUGAACAUUUCUUCUUCCAAGUUAAUACUCGAAGGAAGGGCAUGAUUUGGUUUUCAAAAACCUUUCCAAUUCCCAAAUAAUUUUGAAUCCGACCUGCCGUUACACUUGCAUUUAGGGUUUUCAAACUGCAAACUGUAUAUUUUCUGCGUAUGGAAAAUCAUACAUUUCUCUACAGUUUUAAGAGAAGAGCAUGUGGGGUUCAUAAAAUUUAGCAGUGGACUUGAGCCAUAUUGGUGACUUUAAAAGCUACAUUAGUAAAUGCAUAUACAUGACGUUUUAUGAAUGGCCAUUUCAUGGUAUUUAAAAACGCAUAAUUAAAAGCUUUUUAAAACCGAAUUAUACCAUUCCUUUGAAUAUAAAAUUGGAAAAUGGCGUACAUUUCUACCGAAGAAUGAAAGAGUGAAUACGUCUAUGCAUAUUUCCCAUGAAAUAAAAUUGCAUUUUUAAGGACAUUGAAAAUCAACGAGAAAAUUGCGUGUCACUUAAGUAGUCAUUUUUUGCAGAGCGUUGUUUUUGCAUGCAGUCAGAAAGAAGUUCUUCCGACAGUUGGCACCCAGAGGUAACUGGAUUAUUAUAGAAUUAUGUUGCAUAUGCAACCCUACUUAAUUAAUCUUCUCACAGCGGGAUCGCAGUUCGAAAUUUCGGCUGACAAUGCAUGAUUUAGCCCACCUACUCUAUAGGCAAAAAGAAUUAGCGACGAAGACGCCGGGAGGCUGGAAUGAGCAUUUGCUAUUUACUAUUCGUCGGUAUCCGACAACACGAAACUCGUGGACUAAACGACCUGCGAUACGCUCCCGCAUUCUUUGUCCGUUUUGCGCUUUUAAGUUCAACGUCCAGCGGACGCAGCAGGACAAGCACGUCCGUCACGCGAUCCAUGAAAACCCUGCCUACGUCAGUAAAUAUAUGUAAGCGAUGUCGUAGGCUUUGCGAGAAUUUUUGAAAAACCCCAGAUGGCUGGCUGUACGCCUACAUAACUAAGGUCUCGCCGGCAUAAAUAAGAGAGAAAACAUUUCUGUCUAGUGAGAUUUUUGAAUGAUAUGUAAAUUUCUUCAUAUUGGCUCAACUGUAAAAACUCGGCGCCUCGGUGGAAUUCGAACUCACGUAGUACGUGGAAGACUUUAGUACAGUCAACGCUCUAACAACUUGGGCUACGAGGCCCCGCCGGCCGAAUCGAUUUUAAUCACAUUUGGGUCAAGUUACCCGCCCAACCUAUUGCAACGUCUGGAAUCCUCCAAAUCUGAUACAGUAAGUUGACUGCUCAAGCUGGAUUUCCUAAGUAAUUCACCUAGAAUCCACCAGAUAACUACCAGCCUCUCGAAAUUCAUAGAUAUUUUGACAGAUUUUGAAUAGAUUGCCAAAGCUGAGAGAACCGGGAAGAUUAUUUGAAGAAGAAAAUAUGCCCAUCGAACAGGUUUAUUUAACUGCUGACGUUUCGAAGAGCUGGGUCGGCUCUUCAUUGUCAAAGCGUUAAAUGUACUUAAUCGAUCAGAAAUUUAAUUUAAAGUGGCAUCUUGUGUUGGUCGGCCUUAUGCUGAUCGAUUUUUCUCUCCUUUCGCUGCCUCAGCCGUGCGGGAGAUGGUGGACGGGCGUUUUGCCUGUGUGCUUUGUGAGUCACCACUCCGUCGAGGGGAGCUGAGUGAACCUCUGUCGGGCUGUCAGUCUGGCGGUUCUUGUUUCUCCUCACCUAGUAAACUCAGCGUCAGGCUAUCUCCGUAGGUCCUUCUUAAGUCCACCAGAUGACUACCAGACCCCGUAGCUCAAGUGGUUAGACCGUUGGCUGUACUAAAGUCUUCCCCUUACUGCGUGGGUUCGAAUUCCUCCGAGACGCCGAUUUUUUCACAGUUAGGUCAGUAUGAAUUACUCAAAAUCUGCCAAAAUAUUUAUGAAUAUGUAAAUUUAUAAAAAAAAAGAGGGGGGCAUAAAAAAGACGUUUUUUGUGUGUGUAUUGCCCUAGUCCAGGUAUUUUGUGUACUGUCAGAGUAAAAAAGCUGCAAAUUACAUUUAAGUUACGUAUUAGGUAGUUUGCGAGUAUGAUUUACUCAGAUGGUUAGAAAUUGAAUUCUUGCACAACUAACAUGCUAUUUCACAGGGAUUGACUUGACAGAUUCAUAUCCGCUAAGCAGCUUCGCUAUCUCACCGAGUAAUGUUUUUUUACUUGAAACUGUGUCGAAAGAGCUACGUCAGCGUUUAAGCUGUUUCUAUGCAGACGAUAGGCGCGCUGAACCCUCACCCAGCAUAGGCCAGACUUCACCAGCUCGGAGCCAAAAUGGCGACAGUUGCCAUGACGACGACGGUAAGAAAUGACGACUACAACCCCCACACUACGUUCGGGGAGAUCCCAUAUGCGGCGACGCCUGUCAGUCUCCUAACUUAUGCCUUUUAGUACGACAGCGUAACUCAUGGUGCGUCGGGUGUGAAAAUUAAGCUUCACAUCUGUCUGAUGAAGGCUGUGUAGGCGUCGACCUCCAGCACAAACCGACUGACAGUGGAAUAGGGCACAGCAACUGGCUUUAUAUGAGGUCUCUGGCUAUCGCGCACAACUUCGUUUUGUCCUACAGCAGUGGAACCCGACUAGGAGAUCUAGAUGGUAAGAUGUGCAUUAACCCCACGAACGGACAAGCAGCGCAGGUAGUUUCAAGUUCAAGUAUGGAUAGAAGUCCCCAUUCUCCCUGAUAUUUAGGUCACACCCCACCCAAAGCGCCACUUACAGUCGCUCGUAACUCGGGUCACGUUUAGAAAGACGGAAUUUGGAAGGGGUUUGGACGAUUCUUGGAAACACUUACCCCGAUAUCUGAAGAAGGUGACGCGAUGGCUAAAACAUGAAUUUUAUUCCUCUGACGUUCUGGAUUCGCAAGCGAAUUCAUCACCAGUGAUGGCAGCAGAUGAACGAUUUAAAUGUGCACAUAUGAAACAUUUGAACACGUGUAAGUUUACAGUUUCUUGUUCGGAUUUGGGCGUUUCACAGUUAUUCCACUCAAAUGAGCAACGCGACUCUUCCCAAACCAAAAGCCGGGGAAAAUAGAGACAUUAGACGGGCUUUUCAUGAAGCAGGAAACGCACAAGCAAUUUAACAAGCAUUUGCGGCCCGUCUUCUCCUCAGGUGUGUAUCUGCGUGUGCGUGUCCAUGCGCCCCCCAAACGGGCUACGUGGUAGAUGUGCUGGACCAAUAGGGGGCCACACCAUAGCACAUGCCAACGUUUCGGGGUGGGUGGCAGGCCCGAUUGCCGGCAACCGUGGUGCACACUGGGACCCUUGCCCCCUCCCCCCAUUGUUGUUGUUGGUCAAAAACCUGGUUAUUUGCUGUGUGGACCAGGGGCUGUGGAGUGGAGCUCCAAGUUGCUGUCACGACCGUGCCAUCCACCUGCGUCCUCCCCGUUCUCCGGUCUUCUUGACUCUGUCUUGACACCGGGUCUAGGUGGGGUAAGAGGAGACAGUGAGGUAGAUGCUGUACAUGUUUACUAUUACUGUGGUGCACAUUGUGGAUAUCGUCGACUACGACGGUCGAACUGUUGUGUGUGAGUGUCCCCAGCGCGUGCGCGUCUUUCCUCUGUCUAAUGUAUGUCCACCUGUAGUUGAAAAACGAAAUAUGCGGCCUUGAUCGGCUGGUGUCCUCUCUUGGGCGUUUACAGCAGUAAAAUGACAGGACAGGAGUGCACGAGUAAAUGGUCAUACCGGCGACCACGGCAGCGGACUGCGCCAUGCGUGUGCAGCAUCCACCUUGACCUCACUACGGAUGCCAGUCUUUUUUUCUUUCACCACUAUGUUCCAGUGGAAUAUCAAGGCGACUGGAGACGGGCUCGGUCAAAGUGACUGACGUCAACACUCAACAGUUCGACCGUCGACUCCAACGAUGCCCACCGUGCGCUUCACAACAAGGUGAGGCAUGGACGCUGACUUGUGCGUGAAUUAGUUUAUAGUGAAUGUAGACUUGCGCAGCAUCCACUCCACUCUCUCUUCCCCGCUCCCCAAGAAAGAUUCAAGAGAAAGGUGACGAGAGAGGGCGCAGGUGGAUGGCGCGAACGAGCCCGCACCUUGGCCUUCCACUCCACACCCUCUGGUCCACACAACAAAGGACCAAGUUUUGACCAACAAAAAUGCCCCAACAGGGGUCUGAAGGACGAGGAUGAUAACUGAGCAGCCAUGCCCUCCACCCAGUACAAGCGCAUCUACCGGCAGGGAACCAGGUGGCAGGGAACUGCCAGCGCACACCAAGCUAUGAGGGCCAUGGUUUAGUGAUCAUGGAAUAACACACACACACACACACCCACAACAGUUAGACUGUCAUGGCCUACGAUGCUCCACGGAAGGGUGAGAGCAGGGGCGGUGAUUUGCGCGUAAUUUCUUUCAUUGUGAUAGUAGACGUAGUCUUCGUCGGCCGCACUCUCUCGUACUCCCCCAGCUAGACCCGGUUUCAAGACAGGGUCAAGAAGACCAGAGGCAUGGGAGGGCGAAAGUGGCUGACACGGCGAAAACGCGCACUCAGGCGUACCACCACAUUCGCUAGUCAGCAAAAGUCACUGACCAGGACGGCCCAGAUCCCACUGAGUGGGACGGCCAUCGAGUUCACCUUAAUAAGAGCCACUGCAGCCUGACUCUCACUUCACUAGUCGGUCAGUUGGCAGCCUUCCAAGCCACAGGUUUAGCGUAUCCUGAUAGGUUCAGGCGCGUCAGCUCGUUUGUAAUGAGGAAUAUGCACUGCGAUCUUCGACUUCAAUGUCUCUUCUUACUUCAGGGCAUCGGUGCACUUUCCGAGCCGGUUACAUGUCUGAGACCGGAAGUGGGCGCAAUGGCUUAAGAACCCGUCUGCGAACGCCACAUGCGCGACCUCCGCCCCCCACCCCCAAGCGUGCGCACCAGGGAAAGAAGCGGCUCUGAUCUCACAUGUUCGAGAGUGUGAGUAAGAAGAAGCUACCGCAGUAUGAGCCUCAGUAAACCAAUCAGCCUCUUAAAACAAACACACAACUUCGACGGACUGCGUGGUCUGAGUUAAAUCGCCAGUUGGCAACCUUCCAAACCGCAACUUUAAGUUCACCAUGAUAGUGUCAAGCUCGCCAGAAUGUUUAUCGCGAGGAAUAUGCACUGAGACAGUCGACCUUACACCUUCUCCUUCUGCCACUGUCCGAACCGGUCAGCCAACUGAAGCUGAGAUUGUGAAAGACGACUGCCAGAGCCGAGAACAGCCCGACUGCGCGUGCAACGCGCACGACCUGGGAUACCGUGUGCAUACACCAGGACUUCACACACGAGGUGAAAGACUGAUUGGAUCUCACGUGCACACGCACACUCGCAAACGAAAGAUCGGCUGUUGGGGUGACGAUUUCAGGGCAGGGUGAGAGCAGGGAUGGAGACGUGAGCGUGAAUUAGUUUAUUAUGACAGUGGACUUGCGCAGAGUCUACCACACUCUCUCCCCCUCCUUCUGCACCUGGGUGCGGUGUUGUGACCAAGUCAUGAAGGCCAGGCGCGAGAGAGGUUGCGGGUAGCCGACACGGUGUAAACCUGCACCUAGGCGUACCAUCACAUCCCCUGGGUCCGCGACGGACACUAACCGGGGUUUCAUACCACGACAAAAAUAGGCGAUUGCGCCGACCUCAGUCAGCGUAGCGUGGGCCUGUAUAUGAGCGUGCCCUCGCGCCCCGAAUGUUGGCAUUUGUUUUGGUUGCGUAUUCCUGAUAAGGCCUGCUGGAGCCCGAUCUAGCACCGGUGUUGGUCCAGCGUACCGACUGCAUGGUCCGCUUUAAAUGUAAAACACACACACACACACACAUGAUGACUGUUAGACAGUCGAUUUUAACUAUGUCUACCGUGUGCUCUGUACCAGGAUCAGAGCAAGGAAGGUGGCAUGUGCGUGAAACCGUUUAUAUUCAUAGUAGACUUGCGCAGCAUCUACCGUUCUCUGUCAUCCUUCCAAAUCUGGAUUCGGUGUCAGAACAUAGUCAAGAAGACCGGAGACGGGUACGACCGCAGGUGGCCGGCGCGGCAUAACUCUGCACCUAGGCGCGCCAUCACGCUCCCUCUUGCAUGAAAAACAUUCGAUCUAGGUUCUCAAUUUAGAGCGAAAGGUGAGGCGACAGAGAUGCCCUAUUGGCGCGGUGUAAGCCUGCGACUGGGCCUGACGCCUGACCCCGAAUUUUGGCAUUUGUUACGGGUGUGCAUUCGUGAUAACACAUGUCUUCACUUUGACAUGCUUUGGUUCCCCGUCCGAAACCGUCAACAAUUUGGCUAAACACAUACAAGUGGGUCUUGGGUCGAGCAUCGAGGAGGGCAUUCUUAGAGGCCCAACACAACGAAGGUGCCAUCGUGGCCUGACGUUCAAACCGGAAACAAACUUAGUUUCACCCGUAGUUGAGGAUCCUUCGAGGCAGGGAUUUUUGGCUACAUGGUAUCUGAAAAGCUAAGCACUGGUUUGGCCUUGGUCUAGUUAAUUUAAAAUAACCUUGCGACGGUGGGCAGUAGUAGACUCGACUAAAAGUCUCGACCUAACGCUACUGGUAGGGCCUUAGGCCACGUUCAAUCCGACUGUCCUGACAGUGUCUCGCAAUUACAGUAUAAUGUUUGAGGGAUCAGCGAGUGCGGUGGACGCCGCAAAAAUCUUUGAUGUUGUGCAUACCCUUUGGAGUGCGCGAUGGACGUUGCUAAUUUCGAACUUCAAAAUGUGGUAAGGGUUCAGGCAACAGGGCAGAUUGUUCAGGAGUCUUGGAGUGUGGUUUGAGGGGCACUUCUCAAAUGGUUAUUUAGGCUGUAUCAGUGUUGUGUGAUGCCCCCCAAUAGCAACAGACCAACACUCCUGACCUCCCAGGACGAGAAUAUACAUACUAGAGUAAGGGAGAUGCAUUCAGGAGUAAAUUCACAUCAGACCGGAGUGCGGUCAAGUCACGAUGGCAAAUGGAUAUUGACAGAGAGACGGUAGCUCGAGACGUCUACUAAUUUGAGUUUAAAGCCUUCAUCCAGCCAAGGUUGGAGCACCCUUUGGAAUCUGAAUUACAAGCACUACUCAGUUACUUCACAAUGCAUCCUGUGGACUCGGGGAUUACCGAAAAUUAAGUUUGCGUAAUCCUAUAACUUUUCAGAGACUGGCGUGUCAUUCAACGUACUGUUUUGACGGCAAUGUAGCAAAAUGUUGUGAAAAUUUGAUUGGUUAUACUCAUACCUCGCAUGACAGAGUUGUAGUUGGCCUUUCCAAAAGAUUCCACUGUCACUUACACAAGCAGCGGAAAGAGUAAAAUCAACCCAUCGUUUCUUAUGAUAACUGAAGAAAACAGAGAGCAUAUCUGAGCGACAAAAUUAAAGUUUCCCAGCGAUUUAUCGGGUUUUCAAACUGUCUUAACAUCCUUUGAGUUUGGCAUUGCCUGGCAUCCUGAUCAGUUUCGCCGUUGUGAUUGUGCUUCUACGCUAAAGGUCUGAAUGCGUCCCUUGUGCCAGGAGCAGCGAGCCAUGGUCCUCUCAGCCUGCUUUGCACUGGCAGUUUUUUGACACCUGGUCCCCUGCCAGUAGAUGCGCUUACGCUCCCACUGGUCAUACAGAUCGUGAAUAUAGUUACCCAAUUUCCCUCGUUCCUCUGUUGCUGUCGUUGUUGUUGCCGUUGCCGUUGAUGGUGAUAUUGGUUAAAAUCCUGCUCAGUGUCUGUGUGGUCCAGGGAAUGUUAUGGUUCGUCUAGGUGCGGGCCCGGCUGUGCCACAUACCUGCGCCCUCCCACACCUCUGGUCUUCUUAACUAUGUUGUGACACCGAGUCGGGGUAGGGAGUAGGAGGGGAGAGUGCGGUAGGUAUUGUGCAAGCCUACUACCACUAUAAACUAGCUCACGCACAAGUCACCCUACCCGUUCUCAUCCUGCCGUGGAGUGCACGGUGGACAUCGUCGGCAACGGCGACCGAACUGUCGUGUUACUAAAGCAACGCUGCAUGUGUUCGGUUCUACUAUUAUGAAGAAAAUUUGGUACAAUAGUUAGUUCCUAAAGUAUAUUUUAACGCAACUCUUUUCCCUUGAUUUCGCCUUUGUCAAGGUUAAAGACCUAUGAACCUCCACCAACAAGAUCAGAGGAUAUCUGUCUGUCCGAAAUUCAUUCUCAGGUCUGUCGCCUGGCUGGACAUGAGUACUUUUCCAGGUAACCUCUGUUUUCCUUAUAAGGGUUAAAACAUAAUUUUUCCUGAUGGAUAUUUAAAUGAUUAACAGCUAAGCAAAAUCAAAAGAGCUCCUGAUCAGCUGCUGUUUUCACGCAUGGUUGACAGAAGCUUUGGGUGAAAUCUCAAGCAGACUUACGGACCUAAGAAGACGAUGACGGCGACUCCGUUGUUUGACGUCAUCAUUCAAACACCGGAGCCAACAUGUGCAGUGUCAUUUACUUUUUCGUGGCAGGAACCCAGCGGAUUAGAACGCGUAAGUCGUAAAAGAGAGUUGGGUGACUAGCAUAACAUUAUGUACCGAUGUUGUACUUCAAAUACUGCCAUUACCACCACAUCAUACAAUUAAAUCCGUAAACGUGAAGGGGAUAUAUGAUUGAUUUUGAAAGAGAAGCCCAUCUGAAGGAUAUACCAUCACUUAUGCUGCGGUAAAUGCGUACUCUAAUUUAUCUGUUUUGCAAACUUUCCUCUAGUCCUCCUCAGUGCACAUCCGUCAGUCAGAAGUUAUAAUCAAACAUAGUUAACUAUCCUUCCAAACGGCCAAAGCUGGUCUUUAGAGGCAUUGUUGGGUAAAUGACUUCCGUCUAUGCGGUCUCCAUUGACGAGAAAUUCGCACUAAUAUAGGCGUCUGAGUUCUGCUGGCCGUCUGCCUGCCAGCCUUUGUCCUUGUUUGUGGACAGUAGGCCGGCGACCUCCUGUUGAAGCCGGAAGAACUCUGCGUCCCUACGUUCUUAGUGCGGUGUGUGAACUGUGGCCCUUGGCAAAUCUCCAAAUUUCCUUGUUUCUAUGCCAUCAUUUAUGCAGUCCGAACGAGCGGGUAUGUUGGAGCUGGCUUCCCUGACUUGGCCAGCACAUGCCAAGGCUCUAUUCUGCUGCCUUCCUGAACAAUACAUUUAACCAACUGCGGGUAACUGAACUUGAAAUAAUCUACUUGAUUCGCCGAUAGCCUACCCACACGUCUGCUAGAGCGACUGUGCCAGAGCAUGGAAGCGUUGUUUCAGACUGUCGCCAUAACUCAAGGCGGCUCACUCCUCUCUGUUCGCAAAAUUCACGUGCGCAGGUCUUACACGUGACGAGCCGAACGUUAUACCGAACGCCGCUGUAUCAAAGGAGAGAUGCAGGUUUUUGAUAAAUUGGAAAUAUGAGUAUUUUCAGCGGGUUCAAAUCAUGCAAUAGCAGUGGCUUUCAAACAGCCCACUCCACUAGUGAGUUGGUACAGUUCGGCGGAUCCAAGGACAUAUUUAUGCCUGUCGACAUUUCAUUAAAAUGUUUAUUUCAAUAGGUCUCGAUUCACUUAGUCUUUCUAGUAUCCACUCAUGUUUAAUCUCUCUUACUACAUUUUUAACGUGUUUGAUUUCUUCUUUUGUUGACAUACUUGGUUCUGUUGAACUACUUAUUAUUUCGGUUGAUUGGGCCGCUUCAAAAACCCUGCAUGUCCAAAGUAGGACGACAAGAUAUUUAAAGUAAAAUCCCUUCUACAAUGAAUACGCUCUUCGUUCUUUGACUCGUUUAUCCCUGCUACUGUUCUUUCCUCGCGAAGAAUUGAGGGGACUCCUAACGCAGCAGUGGUAAUUAACUCUUUCGAGGAGGGCCGAUGCUGAUUCAAAAGCACUUUAAUUCAGCUGAGUCCAGGUUUAUUCGUAAUUCCACCGUAUCAUUUCCAAGUUCCCUUAUCCAAUCUCGAUUCUGAUAUCUGGCAGGUGUCAUCAGACCAUCCCGGGACUCUAGACAUAGUAGAUCAGAUGCCGUUUCUUCUCUUCUGUCGAAAGUUCUGUUUUAUUGAAGCUUGUUCAGACCAUCCAUAUGGAUCCCUCCUUCGCUGACUGCGAGACAUUUGCUGCUGAGCGCGCUUCUGGAAUCGUCCACUAUUUCCUAGUAGUUAUUUUGUUUAUGCACUCCUCCGUCCCAUUUUGCCUUUAUUAACUCUCAGUGUGUGGACCUGAAAUGGAAUGCUGGCAAUGACUCAUUGGCUUACAUGUGUGCGCUUCUUGAUUUAUUCGGCAACGAUCACAUGAAGGAUCCCAAACACACACCCGACCAGCCAUAAGUGCCUGUCUUACAUUAAAUGUCUACAAAGAUCGCUUCUCAACCCUUUGAGCUGAAGUCACAGUAGAUAAUCCACAAGACCGUCUACAACGAUCGCUUUUCAACUCUCAAGCUCAGGGCUAAGAAGCGAUUGUCGUGGACAUUUAAUGUUUAUUUUUUUAAGUUGCCCUGUUUAAUUUCGGGUGUUAUGUGUCAAUGCAUUAAAACAUUUCCGCUCGAAAAACGAAGUUGCCACAUAUCUGUGUUUAUUUUGUCACUCCUCUAUGCAUACACAGGUCCUACCCGUAAAAGCCCUAUUACAACCUUUCCCGUAUAAGAUAUGCGCAUUUGGCUGGUCCUGUGUUUGUGUUCCUUCACCCGAUUGUAGCCGACUAUUCAUCUGUCUACUGUUCCGUGUGAUCUUCUCUUCUGUGCACUGUUCUUCCACUCGUAUAUUUUGUUGUCUGUUAUUACCGACAAAGAUAAGGGAGACUGGAAUGGCCAUUUCCGGCUUAUUAGCCGUCGUCAGUCAGUCACACCCAACCCCGAAGUGUUGAACACCCGAGGCUCGAACUCGCGCCCUGUUGGUUAGAAGUCCACGCUGCUAAACAGAGUCACGAGACCGUUGCCCUGUUGUCUCCCAGGAUGAACUUUGUUCUAAUUGAGGUCACCAGACCUUCCAAACUUAAAGUCACUCUGUUCUUCAUAUGCCACAACACGUCACCUGUUACCAUCAUAUGCACUCCCUUACUUUCUCACAAUACUGGUCACUGUUGGCAACUACAGGUCGUUUAUUUGCCAAGCAUGUCAAUACCGAUGUCAUUGGCCAUGCAGCCGAAAGUUGUCGCCAAGUCUGGAAUGUCAUGAAGGGCUUCGACAAUGCCUUAUCGUGGCCCGCGGGUGGUGGCACUUUUUAGUCAGUACCAUUUCAUGAUGUCAUUCUAAGGUACUCUCGAUGAAGUUUGCAAUUUCGGUUUUUCUAGCAAACUUUUAUCUUCCGUUUAGGUUGCAGUUAAUGGUUGCGCCUUGAUGCUGACUACUGGUUGCAAGGUCGCUCCGUCCACUUGUCCAGAAGCACUGUUAAAUGUGGGCAUAUUGUCUGUCCACGGCCUCAGUUUUUUCAACAUUUAGCGCGUCGUGAAAUACCAACUUUCAGUGAUAUUUUUGUAGCCGUAGAUCCCAGACUUUAUGUGUCUAAUGCCUCCUUGAGCAAUGACCUGUACAGUACUUCUGCCGAAAAUUUGCAUUUGCUCAAAACAAAUGUGCCCCCGCACCUAUCCAUUAGCACGCCACGUCAUCCCGUUUGUUCGCCUCCAUUCUCAACGGGACUGCAAUAAAACUAUCCUUUAUGGUAAGGCCUACAUGGACAACAAUGUCACAUUUUCCUUGCUUAAUGAGAUUUUUUGAAUCCGAAAACUAAUUAAUAGUAACAGUUUUAUUAAGAACCAAAAUCGACCGUUCCCGUCCACUACCGGCCGUCACAUUUGUUGUUGUGCUACUCAUCUCUUCCGUCAUUCGUCGGCCGCCGUCCCUACGGUUCUGGCCAUUUCGAUCACCUCUCAGCUAUUCUGCACCUCACUCCAAAGCAUCGACUUCUGCUCUUCCUUGUUCGUAGGCACGACUUUGCCAGUGCCGUUGAGACUUCAACUAAGAAGUACAUAAGACUGCCUGUGUGUUGUAAUAAUCUGUAGCCUGGCUAGUACAGCUGUAUUUGAAAAUUGCUUAUUUGUCGAUAAUUAAAGAAGUGGUAAUGAGCUUGUCGAAGGUCCCAUGGGAUCAUCCAUGUUUUUUGAAAUCUCCUAGAAAACCAUGAGCCCCGUCGAUUACAAACAUGUUGUUGUCUUCAAUAGAAUUCAUGCUGGGUAUUGGCGAGCACUAUUCAACACUGGCAAAUCGAGAGUUAUUAUCGAUUAUCCAGGGACAUUUAAUAACACCACUUUCAAAUAAAGUGGAUUCUUGAUGUCUUUCUCUCCCUCUUCCCUAUUUUAAUACUUCUUCUAUGAAAUCUGUCCAAAUCAGUAUACAGAAUUAAUUUUUAUUUGCUCUUCCAAUAUCACUCUAUAAAAACCAUUAACGCGCAUUGAUAAAAUGUGAAUUAAGCAACUCAAAGGAAUAUCGAAAAUUCCGCUGUCAUAUAGUCGAGCUCUCCAGAUGCAUGAAUGCUUCACUCGUGAUGGCUUUAGGCAAGCUCGGCACCUAUGCUACGAGGUAACGAGGACCAGCUUACAACUGAUAUAGUUGCCUCUUAAUACGCGUUUAAACAUCUCCUCUCAGAAGACUUCCAUUGCAGCAACGUGCAGUUCUGGGAAAGGAUUUAACUUCGCCUCCCCGUCCACAGCUCGCUCAACGCAGUCUUCCCUGAUAUAAAAUUCACGAGAUAAGAAGAACCGGAACAGCAGGUGCCCUUCCUAGAUGUGCAUUUCAGACGAAACGUUAACGGUGGACUUAAAAGAACGGUUUAUAGGAAGGCAACGAACACCACACAGCUUCUCAGUUUUCACAGCAAACAUCCGGUGACCAACAAACGAAGCUGUGUGAAGACGCUCUUCAAACGUAUCCAAAUUCUUUGCCACAAACUGGAGGACAGAGCACGUGAGGCCCGUUAUCUUCGCGACCAGUUUGUACUAAGUGGGUAUCCGAGGGCAUUCAUAAGUCGCUGCCUACGCGGUCGCCCCAUUGGACUCAGACAACAACAAAACCGACGAUAUGGCAUUCUCUGCCAUACAUCGCGGACGGUUCAGAAGCGACCGAGCGCAUUCCUGCGGAGCUAAGUUUUGGAAUUGCACACCGCCCCAAUGUUACCAUACGCAAGAGGGUCAUGGGAAUUAAAGACCGAUUAAAGCCUGAAGAGCAGUCUGAAGUAGUAUAUCGCAUUCCGUGUCAGACUGGCAGACUGGGCGCGUGCUGGAAUCGCGCAUACACGAACAUAACCUGGCCGUGCAACGCGGAGACGCAUUAUCACAAGUGGUUGCCCACUCCUACGAAAUGGGUCACGCGUUUAACUUCUCAGCCACCAAAAAUAAUCGCCCACGCCGGAAACUAGACAGACCGAGAAUUGAUUGAAGCCUGGGCCUCGAAUGUGAACUCGACCAAACAAUUUAUAGAUCUGGCGCCGGCGUAUAGAGCCCUGCGUAAUCACUUCCAGUCUUGCGUCGUCGGUCCUUGAUUGGCCUACAUGCCUUAUAACUGUCGCGUGAUCUGUUGCUGCUAGUAAUUUUGGCGAUGGACUCCUGCACGAAUUUGAAAGCCCAGAACAAUAAAAGAAGUGUUCCGGUGGUCGACGCUUCUUAUCGACUUAUGCUGGAAAGUGUUCAUAUACCCCCUUGAAUAGGUGCUGAGUCGUGAAACUAAAAUAACCUACCUCAAAGGAACGAGUUGAAGAGUAAAUUUGCAGAGAUUGUGUGAGCAGGAAGCCUGUCCUUACCGUCUCUGUUUUGAAUGGCUUUUCCGAGAAUGUUUUUUUGGAAAACUCCAAAACAUCAUGUUCAAGUCAUGUUCUUAGGAGUUUACCAAACGCUGCUCUUUUAAUGGGAAAGCACAAAAUAGAUUUUUAUCUCUCCCAGCUUCCCCCAAAAUAAUUCGGCUAGGUUACCCCUUCCUGCAGUGCAAGUUCGCUAUCCUCCCCUGUCAAUGUUAUCUGGUGAACAGUUCUUUUUAGCUCCUCCUGCAAAACAGAGGACAAAACUACACCGCCUACGUUGGUUUGAUCAGCUGCGAUUGCAGAGAUUUCAUCCACACAGCGACGGCAAGGUCCUGAUGAAAUGUCUCCUGACUGCUACUACAUUCACUGACUAACAGAAGAUAACGUAGCCAGCCCAUAGAAAGUCCAUUAUGCUAGUCCAUAUUAGUUCUUAGAAAGAAAUAAACUGCUUCUUUAAUGCGUUUACAGGUAGCAGUUUCUUGAGUGAGCAUGUCAGUGCUUUUAAUUCCUGAGGAUUGCGCGAUAUAAACUCGCAGGCGUAAUCGCCUCUUCCUUACUUUCCGUUAAUUGAUCGGUUUUUGACCAUCAAUCAGCGCAUUCGGCCAAAAAGUUGCGCGAACACUACUUGUUCGCACGUCCUGGAGGCAUUUAUAAAAAUAUGUAUAGCCAUUUACAAACUCGAAAGCAUCAGUCAGACUCAUUCGCGACAAACUUGACCCACACAAGCUUGCUUUUUAGUGAAAGCCUAUUAACUGAUAAGCGUAUUUGUAGGGAAAGGGGGUACCACACUAGCAACACAGGUACUAGCCAAAAGUCCACACACGCGUUUUUCGCUGACAUUCGGCCGCUGCAUGACACAGCCGCAUACGGUUCGGCUCAUCAGUGGGUCUACUGGUAUCCUCCCUCUGCUUUCUGGUAGAUACUCUAAUUUAGAAUCUGUUACUUUUUAAUUUCCUCCGAAAGUAACUGUGAAUUUGGAGUGGGUCAGUAUAUACCAAGGUCUUUAGACGCAGACGGAGACUUUAUGUAUGAAUAUUUGAGCCAAAGUCUAUCAAUCAAUAUUCAUUAGCUGCUGACAGGCCGGUGGUAGUAUAUUUAAGGGUGGGAGCAUAUCAUAAUGACAGUGCAGGUACUAGUUAAAGCUCACUCCCUGAUCUACUACAAGUUCACAGUUAAUUUCUUAGAAAAGUAAAAAGCGACAAUUUCUAAAUUGGAGCAUCUACUAGAAAGCAGACGGGGUGUUAUGUGCGACUCACUGAUGAGCCGAACCCCUCGCAGCUGUGUCGGGCAGCGGCAGAAUAUCGACGAAACACGCAUGUAUGGGCUUUUGGCUAUUACCUGUGCUGUUAGUAUGGUACCCCCUUACCUUAAAAUAUACUGCUAGCUGCCUAUCGGCAGUUAAUGAAUAUUACGCGGUUACCCUCUGUGGCUGAUGGAUUUUGGCCCAAAUAUUCAUGCAUAAAAGUGUCCGUCUGUGCCUAUAGACCUAGAAGAUACUGGUCUACUCCAAAUUUGCAGUUAAUUUCUGAAGGAAUUAAAAAGCAACAAUUGAUAGGCAAUAUGACUACGCUACGCCUGUAGGCUGAUUAAUCAAUGUUGUGCUGUUGCGUUUCACCACCUGGGCCAUUUCUCUCUUUCCAACGCAUUCACGCCCGCACACUUAGCCUCAAAUUGCAGCAAAAAUUCCACCCACACCGAAAACCAAUUUUCCGAGCACACUCGCCUAGAAGAAAAUGAGCCGGUGCGCUCAGGCAUUUGCAGAAAGAAGGUCAGUGUGACGGACUCGUAUAUAAGGAGGCGUAGCGCUUGCGUCGAUAUGCCCAAACGUAAAGGUUCAUAAAAGGUGAGAUCUAGCUUUUAGUUGUAGCCUAAUAUUACGGUUUUAUACUGAAUUUUAGGAAUUUCAUGCCGCAAUUAACCCCAGUCAUUCGUUAAAAACGGGUUAAUUUGUUAAGUGUAGAAUUUUAUUAGUUCUAUAGCAGUUUAGCCUUUUCCCUUAUUCCACCUACGGUAGAUGUGCUAACUCAUGAAAUGUCAACUAAAAUUCCGAAAUGUGUUCUCGUUUCGAAAAGAUAAAUUAAGUACUGUUGUAAAACUAAUCAUGAUGCAGCAUAAAUCUAUAAUGAUCCAGUUACCUCAGGGUGUCGGCUUUUGAAAAAAACUUAAUUUCACCUGCAUCCAGGAUCCGUUCUCUGCAAAAAAUGACUACUUAUGUAGCAUGCAAUUUUCUCAUUGAUUUUCGAUGCCCUUGAAAAUGCAAUUAUCUUUCAUGGAAAACAAGCAUAAAAAUGUUUAUUCUUUUACAUGUUCGGUAGAAAAUCACGUCUUUUUACACGUUCAUACUCAAAAGAGGAGUAGAAUUCGGUUUUAAAAUACUUUUAUAAUUCCCGAAUAAUUUUGAACCCGACCUGCUGUUACACUUGCAUUCAGGGUUUCAAAACUACAUGCUGUAUAUUUUCCGUUUACGGAAAACCAUGCAUUUCUCUACGGUGUUAAGAGGAGGCCACAUAAGUUUCAUUAAAUUAAGCAGUGGAUUUGAGCAAUAUUCUUAACUUUACAAGCCACAUUCGUAAAUGAAGAUACAUGACGUUUCAUGAACGGCCAUUUAACAAUAUUAAAAAAUCUCCGAAUUAUAAACUUUUUUACAACCGAAUUAUACUCUUUUUUGAGUAUGAAAUUGCAAACAGAUGUGAUUUUCUACCGAAUAAUUACAAGAAUGAAUAUUUUUAUGCAUGUUUUCUAUGAAAUAUAAUUGAAUUUUCAAGGGCAUCGAAAAUCAAUGAGAAAAUUGCAUGCUACAUAAGUAGUCAUUUUUUUGCAGAGUACAGACCUUGCAUGCAGCCGAAAAUAAGUUCUUUCGAAAGCCGACACCCUGAGGUAACUGGAUCAUUAUAUAUUUAUGCUGCAUCAUGAUUAGUUUUACAACACUACUUAAUUUAUCUUUUUGAAACGAGAACACAUUUCGGAAUUUUGGUUGACAUUUCAUGAGUUAGCACAUCUACUGUACUUCUUCAAAGCAUGAAGGUCUCAUAAAAGGAUAUUAUGCUUGUUGAACGAGUUGGGUUAGGCGACAGAACAAAGACACGUAACUGAAUUUAGUCUAUUUUAUUGAUUCAGGUGGCAUUUAUUUGGUUGACAAGAACAACUUUCAUAUACAUACAUAAACUAAGUAAUGAAGAGGGGCCGGUUUGAUUUUCUGUUGUGGUCUCGUUCAUACAAAAAUAUUACGAGACGUCUGAGCAUUUUUCCUAAAUGAUGCUGACAAUUUUGACUCCAGAAGAUGCGACUUUGCGUGAAAGAGUAAAACAUCUAUCCUUCCUAGUCACAUCAUUUACUUACCUGUGGCUUUGUGGAAAACAGACAUGUAUCACACUCGUUUGGCUCUGUAAAAUGGCUAGCACCCGUAAUGGAAUAAUCUGGACGACAGUUUAGAAUAGGUUUGUAAAAAUCAGACAUUGGCAUUUUGUGGUUGAAAUGUUGUUCGCCCAACGACAGUUGGACCAUCGAUUUCGAUGAUGUCCCCAGUGUGCCCCACAGACUGUAUUGUGGGAGCAGGGACGGUGACUUGCGCAGGGGGUUUAUAUUGCCAGUAGACUUGCGUAGCAUCUACCUACACUCUCUCCUCCUCCCCCGCCUGGGCCCGGUGUCACGACAGAGUCAAGAAGACCGGAGACGAGGGAGGCCGCAGGUGGAUGGCUCAGACGGAUCCUCACCUUGGCGUUCCACUCCGCACCCCCUGGUUCACACACAAAUGACCAGGAUUUUGACCACAAAACAAUGGGGUGUUGACAGUGGUCCAGCUGUGCGACGAAUGCCGACAACAGGGUCCGCCAGCGCACCCCGCAUAUGAUGGCAUUUGUUAUUGCGCACAGAUAACGCCUGCCAGAUUCCGAUGUGGCUUCCGUGUUGGUCCAGCGCAUCUAACACGUGGCCCGUUUGGAAGGCACCACCCACCAACGGAUCGUAGUCAUACAUAAAGCUAUUUCAACUAUAACAAUGGAUGCGGCAUGCGGGCUGCCUGUUGGCAGUUUGUGAAUAUUAAACGGUUAUUCUGUAGUCGCUGAUGGAUUUCGGCUCAAAUAUUCAUAUCCAACUUUGGACCCUGCCUGAAAAGGCCCGUUUCGAAAGAUUUGAUCCAAGUUUACGCAUUAGUUUCAUCGGAAACUAGGACAGGCAAAUAGUUAAUGCAGGUAGUCGGGGACAUUUGAAGGUUUUAAAAGAAACAUGUGAAGUUAGGUACAUCCCAUCUCGACCACCUAACUGGAGAGUUCGGUGUAUCCAAACAAACUAUUUACAUUAGGACAGACAUAUUUUAUGGAUGAGUUUGAGCGCUCGCACCUGUUUUAUUGUAUCUGUUUUAUCCAAGAAAGGAUCGGCGGUAAGGAGAAUUUUUAGUAAGCAGUGUAUACCACACCGGAAACGGUAUUCUCAUCAUUAGUACACACUUUAACAAUUUGCGUUCUUACGCAUUUUAUUUGCGCAAAUUUUCGUUCCAAAAUCACUUUUCAGCAAACAGUUGUUUAUACGAUUAGUUUCAAAAUGCAUUACCAACCUCGCGCAAAACUAGCCGAACAACAUAUUCGGCCUCAUGUAUCCUCUUCGUAGUCGUUCAUUCCUGCUGAGUCGUUUCAGUGGAACCGCAACUGUUGUGAGAUUUAAAACAUUGCCUCAUUCAGAACCAAGGCCUACUCUCAGGCAGUGUUCACACUUAACUUAUUAUACGAACUGUUGCACUUGUAUAACGACAGCCCCAGCUUCCGAAGAUGUGAUCAUUUGCAUCUGCCUUUCCUCCCUCCAGAGCUCACAACUCCAACGCAUCAGAUCGAAACUGCUAUUUUCAACAAACAAGCACAAUGAUUAUACCAACAGUCCUCGGCUGUGUGGCCACGAUAUUUGCCUGGAUGCUGCAAUAUCAGAAUGGUGGCCUGCUCAAUGUCUUUCUGAAGCCCGUAACAUCCAGUGAUAGCCAAAACGGCACCUCCUUCGACAUCCAGAAUGAUGCCUCCGUGAUGACUACAAGUCUAAUGCACAUGGUCAUGGGAAAACUAGAGAAGGCAGACCUGGCCGUGUUGGCGGCUCUGCCGGAGGAUCUGGGAGGCGGCGAGGCAGCGGUGAAAGAGGCCAUUGCAAAUCCGAAUCAUGAAGGCCAGGUCAUUGUCGCUUUUAUAGUCUGCCUGGUUUUCGCUACUCUGGGUCUCCUGGCCAUCUUUGUGUGUUCUCUGAUCUGCUGUUGUUGCUGUCCAUCCGGCGGGCAUUCUGACAGCGAUGAAGAAGACGAGGUACGUCAACCGAUUUAAAGAAAAUAGCACUGCUUUGGUAGGCAUUUCUGUCCAAUUUUUUGAGCCAAACAAAUGUCUGUUGGUCAUACUGCUGGCGACGCCUAGCAAAUCCACUCCAGCUUUAAACAGCCUAUAAGUAACCGGCGUACGGACAGACAGCAGAAUAGCCUUUUCUGUCUAACGUCACCAGACUUUGUUUUGUCUCGCUGGUAUGAUGGCAGUGUAUACGAAACAAUCAAGCUACUGGUGUGGCGUAUCUCUCGGUUAAAAUCCCUGGGGAAAAAACUACAUUUAUCACGGUGUUGUUGCAGGUCCAUUAGGAAAUAAAAUUUUAAAAAUUCUAGUCGCAUUUGCCACCGGUUAAAAUGAAAUUUUCAUACAAAUUUCGGUUCCAGUCCUAAGAGCUGCUGUCUUGUCUACCUUACUGAAUGUCUCCUUUUGCCUGCCCACAAAAGCUCUAGUGUGUAAUUUCAAAUGGCAGGAGCUGCAUGUCAAACCUAAGAAUGAGUGCCCGAGAGACCAACCAAAAAAACUGAAAGCAGACAAGCGUAAACUUGAAGAAAACAAUCCUGAAGUAUUAAGAGUCUACUGAUUAAUCAAAUUACUGUAUUAAUACCGCACGCUGUUUAGUUAUUAAUUUGAUAUCCGGAUAAUGGUAGGGUGUAGGAUACCUUGAAGUUUUAAGCUCCAACAUGUACACUAUAAGUCCGUGCGAUUGCAAAUAUCACCUGUUAUUCAACGUCCCUCUUGGUUAAGAUUUCCUGGUCUUUCUAACUGAAUGUAAACCCGCCAGUGACAGGUUACCCAAAAACCCGUCAUUUUUUAAAAAUUGCUUUUGUUUAUUUUUAAAUUAUCAUGCUUAAUUUCUUUGCCAAAAGACAACGUACGAUAAGACUUUCUGCAGAAAUUCAUAUAUUUUCUGUGUUUUGUUACUGUCUCUACUGUGUGUUGCCCCACCCUUGACUCUCUCUACCACCGCUCAACGUGUAACAAGGUUCACAGACAACCUCAAGUUACUUGGGGUUCUACACCCUACCGUUGCCGAUUUCCGUAAUACAAGUCCCAUAAAGUCGCUUGCUGGCCUAUGUGCCUAUCGAACAGUCUUUAUGAAGUUGCCGGUAUUCGGGCUCGUAACAAAGACGUCCUUUCGUGGAGCAUGCUGUUACGCUUCUGCAAAACUGUUAACUUAAGAAUACCGUUUCAAUUAUUGUCUAAUUAUUUUUAGAUCACCGAUUUUCUAGUUGUCCAUAACACAAUAAAUAUUCAUGCCGAAUAAUAUCUUGAAAAUCCAUACACCUGCAAUGACGAUAGUUAGGGAAAAUCGGGUUCUCGGUACCUGAGCUCGCGAUGAUUCCAAAUUCGUGUUUCGUGACCUCAGGGUAUCGGUAGCCGUUAGAAUGCAUGUGGUCCUCGUAAAAGAGAGGAAGUUUGGCUACCUAUCAAAGGUACUUAAUUGAACUGAUGGUUAACGUGACCCUGCUCACUGAAUGAGUCCUAUUCUUCUGCAGUAAGUUGUAAGUAUACGCUCGGAAUGCUUCUGUGUUUAUAAAGUCGACGAUUAAUAUUUAGGUUUCUUGCAUGAGUAUACAAUCCGAACAAUGUUCUGGGUAGUGUUUUUCCAGCCUCCAGCAUCGUCAUCAAAGGAGACACUAGUUGGGUCAACUGUGCGGAAAAUUAAGAAAACUCUGCAGUUUGAGAAUGUGCUUACUAAUACUGCUGGAUGCUGCGUUGAAGUAGUGGCUGAAUGGACCAGCGCCAGUACCAACCGUAGGCCAGAAAGCUGGUUAGUGAUUGGCGUCUGGCGACUGUAAGAAGUUUUCGGCGUACAGGAGCGAACGCCACAAUUUGACUCUAAGUCUCGUUGUGGCAUACGUUGGUUGGUGAGGUUGUGUGGAUUAUAAUUUUCUCUGGAUGGCAGUCUAAAUUAAUUUAUCCGCCCGCUUUUCCUCCGAUUCACAGCAGUGUUUCUCAAUAUGCCGAUUUAGUACGCGUGCGUAAUUGCGCUUGUAGUUGUUUGAGUGACUACCGUUGGAACUUAGUACUUGCGUAGUAGCUGUCAUUUUCAUCAACACAUAAAUUUUCAGGAAACUACAAAAUUUGUGUCAGACAAAAACAUCAAAGAGGGACAGUUGGUUGUUUCCUUUCUUCCAAAUUGCAACGCGUGUGUGCGGAAAGACUCCGUUGAAAUGUUCCUUGAAUGUCGAUGUCCGAUCUCUCAACGGAGACAAAGGUAUUAUCUGCAUGCCAAGCUCAGGAAUUCAGUCUGUGGUGUCGGAAGACUAGCGACUUCAGACGGUGCGGGAUCCCCGACUAUGAUUUUCGAAAUUUUUGAAAUCAUUAACCUUUUAUCUGCCCGUAGAUUUCUCAUUUGAACACGAAGUAGGUUUUGGGACAAUAUUCCAGGAUUUAAGGUAUUCGCUAAUGACCGAAGCUACUUUAAAUGUCAUCAUAUUUGCUUCUUAAGAGUAAUUUAAUGGUCUUAGCUGCCAGAUCCUGGGGUAAAGGAGGAGGUGGCGUCAAACUAUACAUUGAUCUUAUUUUACAUCAGACUUACCCCUCCUCGUUUCUCUAAGUAUUGUUUUGGGGAACUGACUGCAAUGUCUGAAUCAGAAAACCAGGAUAUUGAGGCAGCCACUUUGCAUUUCCGUUAGUUGGAGUGACUUCUAGUAAUGCGAUGGGUGGGAGGAAGUUAUACAUUUACGUAGCCAUAGAAUCGAAUAAGAACAGUCGACCGGCAAUAUUGUGUUUUGUUGAAAAUGUUGUUCUACUGUCGUUGAUUAAAAUUCUACGAAGUUGUCCUUACAUUUCGACGUGAAUCGGAAAUGCCAGAGAGGAUAAUAUUUUGUCAGCCAUUGAGUCUGAUUUCUCUCAACUGCCUCCUGAAACUAGCCUCUUCGGUCGCAUCAGCAGCUGACGCGCUCUGCUGAAGGAAACUGAGGAUGGAGCUGAUCUGCUCGACCGUAGCUAGUCAUCGGUACGCUUUUUCUAUUACAGCCCUGUGCGAUUCUAAUCUCCAUAAUAAAUCCGGGACACCUCUAAGCACUUACGACGACCUACACACAUGGCCUGGAGGUAAGGCACUCUUGUUUGAACACCGGUUCGUAGGCCCGUGUUGCCCCCACUCCCGAUGUCUGCUGCGACACUGCGUUUCUCUGCCUGGUACAUACUUGCACCUUCUACCAGCAGCAGUCGUUUGUUUGACAGGCUUUGUGUGAUGCUCUCAUCGCGAAUACGCCAAGUCCAGAAACCGAGAGCCUCUAUUUGGCGUUCAGCCGAUCACAGAGGUCUAAAACAGCCAAUCAGUUUAAAGGCACACACCUUCACUCAGGACGCCUACUUCGUCGGCAGCGCACGUGAGCCCCUCAUAUGGUCGCCGGAUUGUUCCAGCCUCCGCAAAGAAUGUCAUGCUUCAUUUGCUGACGUCUAAUUAUGCAGAAACAUUAUCGAUGCCGUCAGAGGUUGUCAGGAACGAGAUUUCUUGGUUCAUUUGUCAAACGCACGUGGUACCGACGAGAGUGAAGGAAAUUGUUCAAGUGUUAUUUCCCGAAAGAUUCAUGUGAAGUAAGAGUAGAUCCAUUCUACAAACCUACUCAAUUGACAGAUGGUUUGGUUUAUUAGGUUUUAUGAUAUCAGAUGUUUGAAAAAAAAUCGGAUUCUGGAAUGGCCGCAUAAUAAAAUAAAUGUAAUGCCACUACACACUUCUGCCGCCAUGUCUACUCUAACAGAGCUCGACAUAGUACACGGAGAACAUCUCUACGCAAGACAGUCUGUUAUAAUAUAGCCGGUGGACGCAAUUCUUGUGUUUCUCAAUGCAGCAGAGCGAAAACCGCAUGACCGGGGUAAUAUCUUCACAAACCACUUCGAGUCAGUCUUUCUCCUCACCACUACGCGAUUGCACCAUGCUUCAUAUACCAGUAGUAAGCUUGUAAAGAAGUUGGUAGAAGGCGUGACCAACCCGCUGGUCAUCGAGUAACGGGCCUUGGAUGGUAGUAUUUGGAACUGCGUGCGGUUUCUGCACUCGAAGGAGCACUUUCAGACAGCGUUUGUCGAAAAUAUCUAGUUUUAGCUCACAGGCUUCUAAACGUAGCCCAGAAUCGGCAUUUCACCGUUGUGACCGCUCAAAAACACUCCCGAAAGCUUUCGAUAGACUCGUGAGAAGCACCGACUCGAAAACGACAUCAUCCUUAUUCUGUCUGUCCGAUAAAAUAUUUUUCCAGCGGCUUCUUGAAAUUCUCACAAACACUAACCUUGAACGAUAACUCGUCCUGGUCAGAAAUAGUCUAUUCUCGACAGUAUUGAUCCAUAAAUCGACUGAUUCACAACGUGCUUUACACGGGACCCCACUAUGCAGGUUGACUUAGUGAAAAUCCAAAGGGGUUAUAUCGUCCGCAUAGCGGCCGUCAGCCGGAAUCCCAAUGAGAAGUUGAGGUCGUCUAAACUGAUAUUCGCUCCUCCAGGAUUCCAGAAACUGGCAGAUGUAAUGAGCGACUGAAUGUAGCCAGCCAGAACGUCAGCAUUAACUGCUACGAGUCGAUAGAAGGUCUUAUGACAAGAAGAACUUGUGUAUCGAUAGGACGAAAGCCAGCCUCAAUGGAAGAACUUGGCGGACAUUUAAUGCAGAGAGCUCUCGAAGCAAGCCAGCUGCCUGCGUCGGGCGUCAUCGAGGCAAAAACAGUGUCAGAGACACGUGUGACGUUUUGCUCAUCUCUUGAUGUCACCUCCAGCUUGACUGACUUGGACUGAACACUGGUGUUCAACGUGGGUGUGUGUGAGAGAGAAGACUGUGAGUUGCUGUUUAUAACCAGUCUGACGCGUGCGCUGUAACUUCCCGACUUGUUAAGUGUCGACGACUGACCGGUUUCCAACUAACGAUGUGAUGUCCGGCAUACGGUGGCCGUUGUCUCGUGUAAGUUACCGUUGGCACGAAACCAAAAAGUGCGAAGUAUCUUUCACCCUGUACACGUUUGGUAUGUGAGGGCGGGUCGCGGUGACCUUGUUGGCUCAGCACAGCAGCGUGAGUGCGUAAAGGCAAAAUGAGUUCGGGGCUGCCAAAAGUUCUUUCGCAAACUCAUGUGUUUGCAUGGUACCGCUCCAGUCACAUUGGGGAUCCUCGUCGUGUGUUCAGAAGGAAGUGCAUAAAGAGAGAUAGGUUGUUAUUUUUUCGGCUGUACAUUCAUACUGUUCACUCCUUAGCUCCUGCAAUUCUGACUACUCAGCUGCAAUGCAUUGUUGGAGCACCAGUACAAGACAGACUAGCAGGUAGUGUGGUUAUUGCAUAAAUAGUAACAGACUGCCUUUCAUUCAGGCACCUUUCCGGCCACGUGCAUCAUCGUGAGUAUACUUCCAGUGAUGCUUACUUGACCACAAUUCUACUUCCUAAAGGAAAAUUCAUAAGGCCUUCAUAAACACGCUCAUAUUAAAGUCAACUCCACUUUUUCUAAGUUUCACAUCUGCAGUGGAGCCACAUGCUGAUGGUUUAUGAAGGGGCCUGUUGAUAAAACGUUUGUGAAGCUCGAAGAGUUAUACAAGUAGCCCAAUCGCAUAAAUGAAACCCUUUAUCUUCUCGCAGAUGUCAUAGGUAAUAAUCCAUGUGUCAUUGUAAAUUGAAGGAAAUAUGAAACUUCACGGCGCCAGCGUAAGAAACAAAAGAACAUUGGUACUUCAUACGAUUCGAAGAUGCGUCGACUGUAUGUCAAAUCCAGGGCACUCGGUCCUGAUUUUAGAGCCUGUCUGUUUUACAUAUCACAGUGGAAAACAUUGUCUGGCCGCGGGGACUCUCGAAUUUCCUGUAGUGUGCAACAAGAAAAUAAUUGCUACUUGCAGGGCCUUUCUCUGGGAUAGUCAUUCACAAUAACAGAUAACUGCGUCUUCUGUAUAAAAACACACUUUUCUCAGCUUUCCAUGUUUUAUGAACUCUGAUGCAUUUGGUGCCCGAAAGAUCCCAGUGGAUGCGCCAUAUUGUAGCACAUUAUAUCAUAAUUUCAAUCUACUACGGCUACUACCAUGUACGUAAUACAUCCACUUUGUGCACUGCACGUCACAUUUUAUUCUGAAAGACAUUUCAUUAUAUCGCAACUAAUCUCGCGAUGUCGAAGAGAAGCAUGCGAUAAACAUUUGCGGUCUUUUGGAAGUAAUACAUGUUGCCUUACGUACCGGUCCCAAGUGCAUCACGCUUAAUAGACAGUUGCCCGACUCACGAGGAUAAUUAUUGCUGGAGCUUUUUUUCCGUCUCCAUUUUAAUCCAGGACGAGCAGAGCUCGAAGUCAACAACAAAGGAUCAAAAUGUCAUCUGCUGCUCCCUGCAUCUUCUCGCAUUUGUUAUGACCGCUCUCCUGCUGCUUGGUCUGGCCGUAUCCAUCGGUUACUACUUUGGAGCGGCCAAUGUACUCAGCGAAACUCUGGCCGAUUCACAGGCGGAUGAUAAAGAUGUGAUCGUGUGGCUAGAAGGCAACUCUUCCAGCUUCUCCAUCGGUCGUAUUCUGCAAUUUUUGGUUUCACAUGUUGGGCAGUUUGGAAACUCCUCAAUCGAAUCGGCGAAAACAAGCGUGAAUUCGACAGUCACCAUCUUAAAGGAACAUCUUCUCAACGUAUGUAAACUAUAACCACUGUGGUUUCUUCCCUUUCACCAUAUGCCAAACAGAGUUAGAAAUCAAUUAUUAAGAUUAGAGGAAGCUGUGUGUGAUAAAAGGAGAAGGCUCGUCGGGAGGUCGAGACAUACUCGUGAGCUUUCAAGCUGAAUACACCAACCCGUCGUCAGACAAAUUAAUGACUUUGUAUGCCCCGAUGUUACCGACUACUAUACUGAAUGACAUGUAGUGACCAAAACGUAGAGGGAUUUAUUUAUUUUUAUUACUCUAAGAUAGCCCUUUCUUUCCGAGGACCCCUGAUCUGUUGGUUGGUUAAGUAUUUCUUUUGGCGCGGAAAUUACUAAAGCUAACAUAGGAAGAUUUCGGAUAUGUUGUUCCAUUCAGGCAAGAGUGUAUUUCGUGCAAUAAAUGGCCUCUUAAGCCAGCCCUUAAAAUACCAAACGAAAUACUUCUUUUUCAGUUACCCAAGUCACCUCUUUCAGCUUCGCCUAAAUUUAAAGUAAUAACUAGUUAUGCAUGUUUGGUAGCAUUUUUUACCUUUAAAUAACUUAGUCUUCAAAAGUGUUCUCAUCCAAAACUAAAAGAUCGACGCAUUUAUAUUUUCCUCGUUAGUUAAAGUUCUUCGUGCGUUCUUGUUUUUUCUCACAGAUAUUUGAGGUAUUUCGCAUUAUUGCUGAGACGUAAUUCUUCACUUAUUGGGAAAAAUGUAUAAUAUAUUUAGUUGUUUAGGCAUUUGGAUCUUAUCCGGUUUCAAAAAAGACAGACAUUCUACAUUUCAGGAACUAGUUUUGCGUUUUGCUCUGCUCUGAAUUAAUCUUUGUUGCACUAGUAUGUAUGACUACUUUUUAUUCCGCAAAAUGUGAUUUAUCUCACGCUAUGAAUUCUUGUUAUUUUUGGCUGGUAGGAACACGAGCGACAGUAACUUGCUUCAUAUACCUAUUAUUACCUCAACGUCACCUUUCGCCUUAACCUAAUCUCACCUUCGCAUUCUCUCCUUUCGUGUUUCGUCAGAACAUAUUCUACGCACAGGGCCCAUAUAUUACUGCGGACUAUUAAGAUUAAUUAGGAAUCAGAUCAGCUGUGCAACUUCGAGUGAAUCGGAUACGUUUUUUAUGAAACCGACUGGGCAUUCGAAAUGAUCAUGUGUACAAUGUGUAUCGCGUUUUAACUACCGUUUGUUAGUUAUAAUUUCGUAAUCAACUUUUUGAUGUGAUAAAGUUGCUGCCUGAACCCUUUUGCCUUUUGUUGAUCUCGGCAGUGAGGCGUGUAAAAAUAGAGGGGGGAGAGAAUUUAUAAUUCAGUCGAAAAUUUAAGUAUUUGUCCACCUUUUCAACUUUCCUUGUUCAUAACAUGCGAAAUUUGUAAAGUCAUUUUAUCCAAAAUCCAGACAUUUGUGUGUGCACAACUUCUAGUUCAUAUGAAUGUUUGUAUUGUAGAAGACACUGCCGGAUGAGAUUUCAACCCUGCUAACAGCGGUCAUGACCGAAUUCAAAGUGAUGGAAAUCUGGCAGGCAGUGGAUGAAAUGGUGUACGCGGUCGGUAACGCGACUGAAAACUCGAAUUAUAUAACAACAAAUUAUAAUUCGACCAUUACUACCAUUAUCAAAAACUCUUUGAAAUUGGAUUUCAUCCUCAAUUCUACCGUGCUAAAUUGUUCUGCAGAUAAAUCGCAGGUACAUUUUCUGCCUUUGUAAAGCUUAUAAGAUUUUUUUAUACAAUCAGGAUCCUGUUUGUAAAUUCUUUUUAAACAGUCCAACCGAGUAUACUUUACCGGAAACUUCGAAAUAGAGUCAGCGACCGGUCCUACGAAAUUUUAUUAAAAAUUCUGAAAUGCAUUUUCAAUUUGAAGGAAUUAUUUAAGUCGACUUGCGAUUUCCGUUAUCCUGCAACGUAAUCCCAGGAUAUUUUAAUCGCACUGCAAAGCAGGUUUUUAAACGCAUCCCUUCACAAUUGGUGGCAGGCAUGCCAUUCGGUUAAAAAUGAAUACUUAGACAUUACGAAUUGUUUCACUGAUCUUUUCUGUCGAUAUAAAUUUAUAUGUAUUUUGUGAAAAACACGGUCAUAAAUAUCUUUACUUGUACUUCUUUAUUGACAAACCACAUACACAAAUUUCAUAUUUGAAGUAGUUUAUUGUGGUCUUAAUAUCUCUCGACUUCCGAAUGAUUUUAAGACUGGUCUGUCGUUGUCUCUGUGUUGAUGGUUUGCGGUCCAGCAACUGCGUUUUAACGCAAAAAGCCUGUAUAUUUCUGAGAUACUUAUAAGAUGUCUCUUAUUUCUCAAACGCUUUAGCAGUAGAUGUAGACUGUGCAGAGAUUUCAUAGUUAAAAGGAGCUUGAUAGUCACAAACUUUCUUAUAUCGAAUCAAACAUAUUAACAAGUUUUUAAACAGAAGAUGACACUGUGUGCCACUAGAUAAGUACGAGAAAGCAUUUGAGGGUGUGAUCGUUGAAAUAUGGUUGAAUUUAUAUGAUCAUCGAAAAAUCGAAUGAAGUACGUACUAAUAAAGUUGCCCCUUUUACCAAGUGUAGUAUUUGCAGACGGUCGAUGAGAGAUGUAUCUAAAACAACACUUCGGCAUGGCUAAGCCAUUUCAGGAUUAUGUUGCAUUGGAAUAAUACCUACAGCACCAGCUAGGUUAUCUUUCCCAAUUGCAAACGCAGUAGGGAAUUUCGAUGAACAUUUCAUGAGGUCAGCCAUUUACUGUAUGUGGCAGGAAAUUAUAAUGUAACAGUAACUCUACCGUAACACAAUGUUAUGUGGGUUAUUCACAGGAAAAUCUAUAGUACCUCCACGGCCGAUAAGGGAACUGUCCCAUAAAGUGUGACCUUCAUCUGAAAAUUUUUUUGGAACUGUCAAAUUAGGAGAUAUUUACUAAAUAAACCCAGAAAAUGCCCCAGUUUUGACAAACUACAUAGUUGAAUAAAUCACCGUAACUCAAAAAAGAUAUUAAAUGCUUACCUUCCUACCUUGUGUCAAUCGAAGGGUUCAGAUUCCAUAAAGGGAAUGCAUGCACUUGUUCUGUUUAUUAACGUUUAAACACCAGAAAACAACUUAGUAUUUAGGUUGAUCGCCCCAUACUGAUUUUAUUGCAAGAAACCGUCUGAGUGGUGUUGAGGUUCUUUGAAUUUUCCAGUUUUUACAAGGCAAAGGCGACGAAACAUAUCUUUGCCUCAUUCAAAUUUAUUCCGGAGAAACAGUGCUUCAAUUCCCCGGUUAUUCUCUAGCAGAGAAGCGACAUCUAGGUAAUGUAUAACUUUACAGUUAGUGUAACCAUCUAUUCUAAUUGAAAUUAAAAAGCUGUCUAAAGUUGCACUAGGGAUCGCUCAUUCCCCUAGACUUUUUCUAGCAUUUCAACACACGAAUAUGCGGUACUGGACUUUGCUGCUUACUAAUCCCAGCAAGAGUAUUAAAAAAUACUUAAUGAAAUAUCUGAAAUCGAACGUAUAUUUGGAGACAAAAGUGUCAUUUUCGCAGCUCAAAUAAGGCAUAACAGAAGACGCUGAUCUUAAUUUUAACGUUUUGGAUAUAUACUUUGUGGUUACGGAAACAAAAUCUGAUGGUCGUUGAUUUACAUUAAAGUAAAUGAGAUCCGCUCCUCUUGGGAUACAUGUUGUGUAGCAAAUUGUUAUUUCAUUGGUUUUGUCGAGGCGAAAGGCAAACGCUUCUCUUAUUAUCAGACAUUUAGCAAAAAUCCCCUAAGGUUUUUAAACCUUUAAAAUACACCAAAACUUUUAAGUAAAAGAGAUGAUUCUUAUGUUGUUCCGAUUCAAUUCUUUUGUUCAGAUUGACUCUUUGGAUUACUUAUUUACAGGUCACUUUGCAUCGUUUUUUUUAGACUGAAGCACUUAAAAUCCAUUUAAAUCCAAGGGACGUACUGCCAGUGCCACCCGAUGUAGCCCUCAUGCUUAACAAAACGAACAAUCAAUUACAGGAUCUUAAAUCGAAGUUAGAGAAUGUUACGAAGCAGCUUCAAGCUAAGAAGGACGACGUGAUGAAGGAACUGCAAGAUAAAUUGGACUUGGAUAAAAUUCUCGAAGGCAUGAACGACCUCAUGGGAAAUCUAGAAGAUCAGUUUGCAAGCGUGAAUGACCAGUUAGACGGAGUCACCGCUAAGGUUUCCAGUCUACUUGGACAGUAUUCUGGCCCCGCUAAAGCUGCCCUCUACGUCCUGUGUCUACCUUGUCUUCUAGCUGGGAUCCUCUUCCUCAUCUUCCUUAUCCUCUUCUUGUUUGAAGCUCUUCAACGUCAUCUGUUCUCUCUUACGGGGGAGUCUGCCUCGGAGGGUAUGGUUUAAGUAAUUUGCUCGAAAUUCACAACGUUCUUCAUUUUGCAACAUUGCGUUUCUUAAUACGCAUGCGGAAAUCUCAGAUAGCAGAAUUGCAGACAGUGCGCUCCAACUAUGUAACAUCACGUAAACAUUGGACAAUAGCCACUGUCUAUAACUUAGAACAUAAGGCAUAAUUCAGUGACUUAUAAUUGUUUUUUAAAACGUCUAUUUGUAUAAAUAGUCAGAGAUUUGAGGGGAAGAGAACGAAGAUGAAAUCACUGGAACAAGGCGUUUAUUGUCUUGGCGUUCCAGGUCCUUGCUUAAAAGCAUAAUCAGAGGUAGUCACAGAUGAGGGUAGUAGAGACACUAAUCGUGUAGUGUCUAUAGUCUGCAGUUGCUACGCAACAAUUUUCCCAAUGUAAUUGACAGCAUCCGCAAUCAUCUUAGGAGCGUUGUUAUCGAUGCGAUGAUGGCUUGUUAGUCCGCACCCAAGUGGUUUAUUACCGACAUUUAAUCAUCGUUGUGAAUUCUUGGCGUCAUAAUGACUCGGUAAUUAGGCUGGCUACCACUAGAAUUGUCGGCAGCUUGCAACCUUAUUUGUCCAGACAAAUUCGCAGCAUAAACUUUGGGCGUGGGAGUUCACUGUGCUUGUUGAUCCACUGGGGGCCGGAGAACCAUGACUUAAACAGUCCGCGACUCACUUGGUGAGCAGCCCUUGCUAGAACUUCGGCCCUGUCAAACUUGGAGGUGUGCCCAGAUCCGGACGUGAAUAGCCGAACGUGCAGACGCAGACAUCAUAGUAAACUUGACAGUCCUACCGCCGAUUCCGGCGAUGUUCACUGUAUGCUACACAGCAAGGUGCAGCAGACACGGUGACUUGCGCGCUAACUAGUGUGUAAUGAUAGCAUACUAGCGCAGCAUCUACAGCAUUCUCUCUCCCCCACUCCACCUGGACCCCGUGUCAAGACACAGUAAAUAUGCCCGGAGGCAGGAGAGGGCGCAGGUGGCUGGCACGACCGGAUCCGCACCUAAGCGCGUCACCCUGGUUGCCCCUGGUCUACGACAUAUACUUGACUAACAACAAUAUCCCAAUAGGGGUCAGAAGAACGAGGGUGACUAGGCGCCCAUGCCCACCACAUGUAUACUCAACAGGAGCGCAGGCGCAUCUACUGGCAGGGAACCAGGUGCCAGGAAAAUGCCAGCAUAUGCCAGGCUGAGGGGAUCAGAUAGUAAACUUACAACACUAAACACUCCAUUUAACUGAUAAGUGAACUGAGUAUUGGACGAUUUAAAUUGUCAUUCUACCAAUAAAACAAUAGCUCACAAUUAUUCACUUCAACAAUUAUUCUUAUAAAACGUACACCAGCUAUUUUCGCCGUUAGUUUUUUGGAUUUCUCUUGCACCGUUUGUUUUAACAAAGCGCUUCCUCAAGGCAGCAAAUGGAUCAUAGGUUGCCUCUUCACACUGACCAUUGUUCAUACUUCUGAACUAACCGAAGUAUAAAAGUUGACGAAUAAACUGAGCUGCCCAGUGUAUGCAAACACGUGUCUCUUUUUACACAUUUUGCCUGCGCAGAUAGCCCUGUGCCGACAGCAGAAAAAGUAGUGAAGAUCAGUUCUAGUUUGUUCGAAGGACCCAACCUAGCAUAAUACCUUAAUUUUCUAUUUGAAGCGAGUGGAACCGGGACGUCAAGAUCACGCGUCUGUGGAGGAGGAAUGUUCUGCAUUUGUUCAGCCUUGCUUCUCCUGCCUAUCAUUCUCUUCGGCCUUGUCGCCGUGUUGAUGGUGACCAUGGGUGGUUUCCUGGAUGCUGAACUCUGCCCGUACAUAGCCAAUAACAGUGGAAUCAGAAAGACCGAUUAUGUGAUCAAUUCACAAGUGCAAGUCAUGUGGGAUGAUCUCAUUCCGUCGCAGGCAGCUGGAGGCAGUGCGGCCACUGGAAAUGAUCUGACUGGCCUUCUCAACCUAAAAGCACCCCAAAACCUGCUGCACGCCGUCGAGGUAGGUUGUGAUCCUCAAACCGCCGGGCCGACCUCGAAGUCAGGGCUUCUAGUGCAGACGGGAAUCGACAAUUUGGUCAACAUCACUGCACUACUCGAGAGUCCCCUUCUAACUGAUGGCAUUAAAAGUGCCCAGACGUAAGUUUGUCGUUCUUCCAAACCGCAUUAAGGAUAAGAAUCACGGAGCUAGGGGGCUUCUUCAUUGUGUGUUCUGCCAAAGUAAUCGAGUUCUUCUUGUCAUUGUUAAUGCCCUACAUGAGUAUAAGGAUAAAGAUCUGUCCAUGAACCUAAUAUGUCAAACUUCAUUAGGGGUGAAAAGAAAAUUAGCGGUUUCUCGACUAUCUCACUGCCUUGACGUUUUAGUGCUCAAAAUCCUAAAGUUUUCAAGUGAAGCAAAAUCUAGUCUUCGUGUUUAUCUGCCGCCAUUGGCUUCUGUAUUUUUAUUACCAAUUAUAUUUCUUUUUAACCUGGAAGGACAAUUAAGGCAUUCAGACUGCGAACUGCAGGGCCGCUCUGAUAGAUGUGUAGUUUGGUUGACGUGGCUUUACGUUUUAAUGUAGAGUGGAUGAACGAUGUUCAAACCAAGGUCAUGCUCUGCUGUUUCUGGUGCAAUCGUGCUAUAAAGAAAGGUGUGGGACACUUCAGCCUUCAAAUUAUGGUAAACGUAGAUAGCGUAACUUCGUGCUGAUUAUUAAACCCUCUAUUGUACUUAUUGUUUUGGGCUUCUAUCAACGCUUUUUUUCUUCCUGUAGAUGUGCGCGUUUUAUCGAAGAAACUUUGUCUUUCUUGCAGGAGUCUUGUUGACGGAAUCGCUGGGGCAAAGCUUGGCGACGUAGUCCCGAAUAGUACUAUAGCCGACAUUAAAAACUUUACUUCCGUAUUCCAAAAGGCGAUUGCGUUUCUUAAUGUAUCGGUAAGCGUUCCUUACUUGAGGCAGGAACCAGAUCUAUUGCCUUCGCUUCUGAAUACUUAUCUUUACACAAUAGAAAACAUUGAAAAACAUGCUGUCCCUCUUCCCAUCGUUCCGUUCAGUGUCAUUGAGAUCCUUCAGCUCUUCCUUAGGCAAUCGUUUUUUUUCGCAGUCGUUUCAAUUGGCAAGACAAGAGGCACUUUGAACCGCGUAUUAACCACGCCAGAUUUCCAUAGCCAAGCAGACAUGUUGCCGCUUCCUUUGCUCGUGAACAGGAGAAAGAAUUAGUUUAUUCAACCGAGUGGUCAUCCCCAACAUAUGUGCGAUCAAUUCCAUUUAUUUGAUGUUUAAUAGUCUACUGGCACACGUUUGUGAAUCCGACUACAAUUAAUAAAAUCUUGUUUCAGACGGCAUAAAAAACAGACAAAUUAUUCCUCGGUUGUGCAUCAAUCACUGCUGAAGAAUAAAUUUCAAAUGGCAGAGAAACAGGACUCUGAAUUUAUUGAGAUUUUCUAGGUAGAAAUCUUUUAACCAAACGGUCUCUGGUUAGACGAAUUUGUAUUGCUGUAUUCGCAGAUGUCAGAUCAAAAAUGUGAGCUUACACAGGCAAUUAACUACGUCCGAUAAAAUGCACAUCCACCUACUCUGCGUGACCACUCUCAUGAAAGGUUAGCCGAAAUUCCGAAGUGCGUCUUCGAUUAGAAAGGAUUACUUAGGUGGGUUUCUACUUCUGGUUUUGGCGGCAUAGUCCUAUUGUUUUUCGGGCCUGUCAGGAUGUUGGCUUUUGAAUACGCAGCUUUCUGACCUCCCGCGGACACUGUACUCGUUAAAAACUGGCCAGAUAUGUGGCAUGCGUGUUUCGCAUUGAUUUUCGAUGGUCCUACAAAGUGAAAUAUGUUCUAUAGAGAAGAGGCACGAAAAUAUGCUUUGUUAUACGCCUUUGGGAGAGGAUCCGCUCGUCUCCCUAUUUUAUUCCCGGAGAAAUAUCCAGGUUUUAAGAAAUGUUUCCCAUUCCCGAAUAAUUUUGAACCUGAUCAGCCGUCACAUUAGUGUUUAACAACUUCAGUCUACAAAAUGCAUGCUUUUGCGUAAGAAAAAUCAUAUAUUCCUCUAUGUCAUUAAAAAGAUGCCGCGCAGAGUUCUCAAAAGUUUCCAAUGGAUACGGACUGUGUUGUACAUUUUAUGAGAGGCAUUAGUAGACGGACAGGCGCAAGGCUGUAUGAAUGUACAUUGCACGGUCUUGGAAAAUCCCAUAAUUCUUAACUUUUUAAAAACUGCAAGAUAUCCUUUCUUUGGGUACAAAGUGUAAAGAUAACGAAAUUCUCUCCACGAAAAGUAUAAUAAAGCCUAUUCGUGCCUCUUUUCCAUAAAAGAUAUUUACAUUUAUAUGACCAUUGAAAAUCAAUGUGAAACAUGCAUGCUACAUAUUCAAUCCUUUUAUUCUGAGCGUGGUUUCUGCAGGAGGCCGAAAAGAAGUGCAUUUCAAAGCCCACAUCGUGACAAAUCCGAGGUACAAUAGGACUACGCUGUAUCCUACUCAAUCUUACAGCCCCAUCUAAGUAAUCCUUUCUAAUCUGAAGGACACUUCAGCAUUUCGGCCCACAUUUCAUAAGAUCAGUCGCUCACUGUAGAUACAUCUUCAUUUAAAACUUUGCUAUGACGAGCUUGCAACACAGUACGAGCCCUCGAGUUGUUGCUAGCAUGUAGAGCUCAUUCAUUGAUGGGCCGAUUAUUUGCUUUAGUUUGCUUUAUGAAGAUGCCAUGCAGAGUUAUUAAAAGACACAAUGGAUACGGACUGUGUUGUACAUUUGAUGAGAGGCAUUGGUAAACGGACAGGCACAAGGCUGUAUGAAUGUACAUUGCACGGUUUUAAAAAAUCUCCUUAUUAGAAACUUUUUCAAAACUGAAAAUAUCUUUUCUUUGGGUACAAAGUGUAAAGACAAAGAAAUUAUCUCCCUGAAUGGUAUAAGAAAGCCUAUUCGUGCCUCUUUUCCAUAAAAUAUAUUUACAUUUAUAGGACCACUGAAAAUCAAUGUGAAACAUGCAUGCUACAUAUGUAGUCAUUUUUUACCGAGCGUGGUUUCUGCAGGAGGCCGAAAAGAAGUGCUUUUUAAAAGCUGACAUCCUGACGAGCCCGGGGUACAAUAGGACUACGCUGUAUGUUAAUUAAUAUUACAGCCCCAUCUAAGUAAUCCUUUCUAAUCUGAAGGACAGUUCAGCAUUUGAGCCAACAUUUCAUAAGAUCAUCAUUUAAAAUUUUGCUAUGACGAGCUUGUAACACAGUUCGAGCCUUCGAGUUGUUGCUAGCAUAUAGAGCCCAUUCAUUGAUGAGCCGAUUAUUGGUUUUAGUAAUUAACUGGAUGUCGACUUAAGGUAAUAUUUUCAAAGACAUUUUGUGUGAAUGAAGGUAAAAUUAUGGUCAUCAUGUCUGCAACCCUUUUGCAUAAUUGCUGUGGUCUUCUAUAAAUUCACAUUAUAUCAGUUAAACUGCAACUCCUCCACAAGCGGACUAGAACUGCUUGCAUUAUAUUACCGCGCAAGGAAAGAUUCGAACUCUGACUAGAGUGGCGACAUCUAUGAGCCCAAAUUAGGCAGUCGUUUAUUGAUGCUGCCCUGAUUAUGUUUGUUUCUUUUGGUCGCAAAUGUUUUGCUACCUCAAUAUUUCCUUACCUGGUCCACAGAAUUCCGCCAAACACCUCCAAAAAAAUGUUUUCAAAACGGAAGCAAUUAAGGCUUUCGCAGAAAAAAUGAAUUCUAACUGCACUGACCUAGCCAACAAUUUAACCGUCUUGGUUCCUGAACUGGAAGCAAGCAACGCCUUUUCUGAUGAACUUCGCAAUGCAUACGACGGCCUGAACAACAAUACAUUGGCGCUGAAUUCAAGCAAACUGGAGGCAGGGAUUGCUUCUUUCAAAAGCGUGAGCGCAUUCCUUUGGGCCAUUUCUUAUCCCAAUUCUUGAACUACAUGUUCGUUUUGUCAUGUAUUCUUUUUACUAAGGCAAUGGAUUUUAGAUGUUAGCUCAUCUGACUCCGUGUUUACUUCGGCGUGGCGAUAUAAGCCGUCAAAUAACCACCACUAUCAAAUAGUCUUCGACUGCUGAUUGUUUUUUGCUAUGCGUUUGUCCGUUUGGACUUUUUACGGAACUUCGAGACAAUUCCCUGCUGCAACUAACUUCACUUUAGUAGCUUAUUCAAUGUUCGAAAGUUGUGCCUGAAUCUGAUUUGGCCCAUCUUCAGCUUUGAAACGGCGAUAGCUACUCGCAUGUGGAUUUAAGUAAACCAUCGCUUUAUGUUGUUUCGUGCCGGAAUUCAUUAGUUGUGAAGCUCGUCUCAAAAGGAUCAUCUGAAAUACACAUUUUCAUCAAAGUCUAUCGUCAUGAAUAGGUGCCUGUAAGAUUGUGCGCAACAUUACAAAACACCUCCAUAUAGAUUUAAAAGUGACAAGAUGUUGCCCUGCGUUUUAUAUCGCAGGAAAAUUAUGUUACGCACCACGCAGAUGACAGUGCAUUACAUUCUUACGAUCUGUGUGCAUUCCUCACGUUAUCUGACAAAUUAGCUUGGGCAUGACGUCAAAAUAAGUAGAAUCAAGACUUACAUAACGUGCAAUAGCGAACAAAGCCACUUUGCAUCAACUUGCCUUCAAGCAUUUGAACCUGUUUCGAAUUUUUGAAAGAGCAUAGUUGUACGAGGACGCUGGAAAGGCAGAUAAAAUUGAGUUAGACCUAAAAACACUAAGAAAUUUUACGCUAGAAAAAAUAAGAAAAAUGAAUAUGUUCCGGUUGGCUUGGAGUGCAUGAACUCUACUCACAUUUGAGCCAGAUUCGCUUGGUACUCGUUACCUUUUCUGAAGUAGGAAACUAAACAAUUUCCUGUUAAUUAUGGAGAAACUCCUCAGCGAACUUCGGAUAUUAAAGCACACACUUCGAGAUGACCUCGUAUAUCUAAACCCUAGGUAUGAUUAAGAACAUCAUCCAUUUACAUAACUCUUGGGAAAAUAUUCGUUUGGCAAGAGCGAAAGUAGCUGGAACACAUAAAUUGGCCAAAAUGAGGAUUAAAAAGAGUAUCGUUUUGCCUCAAAAGUUUUCUUAAACGCUGGUGUCUCAUCUGCUGCCAAAAGACCAUCUUAUGCCAUAGUCUGGUGAUUUGUUUUGUUUUCGGCAUAUCUAGGUAACGGCUACCAAGGAUUCCGUCACUAAGGCUAUUAAAAAUCCCUUCGAAGCUUUCGUCACUGCCCUCCUUGGCUCUGUCAAUGGAACCGGAAAUGCAGCCUUUGCGAAUCUGACUCAGCGACUACUGCCCUGUGACAGUCUGCACUACGCUGUCAAGUCUGUGGUAUUCAUGAGCUGUGGUCCCUCAGGUCUGGCCUCCCGACUCUUCGCCUGGGGUCUUUUCCUCUCUCUCUGUCUCUUCUUCACCUUCUUCAGCCUCCUCAGUCUGUGUCUACUCUGGCGCGUGCAAAACCAUCAGGCAAAGCGAUUCGCAGACUCCGGGUCCUCAAAAGAAGACGACUCGGCGUCGGAAUACUGA